AUGCCUUUUUCGAACGACGUGUCGCUAAACCCGCUCUACUCGCCAGAGCACGACCUCAGUGCCCAACCGCACGGGUGUGUGACGCCAACCACAUUUCGUGAAACCCAAAUCGCUGAUCAACCAUUACGACAAAAGGGCUUAACGGACCCCAUGGCCACCAAGACAAAGAGACGCAUGUUCUCGACCCCUUCGCUGCGGAGCUCAGCCACAGCAUCUUCAGCUGCUGCUGUGUCUGCUGCCUUCCGUCUGAAAUCGAAUUUGUCCACUGCCACGAAACUUCCGAUUGCGCGACAACGUCCGACAGCGAUCCGUGCGGGGACUGCGAUCGAUGAUGGCAAUCGCGUUCAUGAGCAUUGCACUGUUUCUUCACUCUCGAGGUCACAUACCCUGCCGGUGUCGUCUGGGAAACAUGAGCAAGCGAAGACGGCAUCUCAACGGUUUGCCAUGUCGUCGAUCAUGCGACUUCGGACCGUGUCCAAGGACAAAGGGCAAUCGAGGCUGGUGUCUAAUAGCGCAGUCAAGUCGCUCGACGGUCCAUUGAAACGCUGUACGAGCACACACAGUAGCGACACUAUUGGCGACAGCGAAGAAGAAGCUGAAUACAACGAUGAGUGUACUUCAGCUGGAACUCACAAGUCGGCUAUGACUUCUGCCUCGCGCUUUGUCAGGGGGAUGCCUACGAUGCUGAGACGUGCAGUCACUGCUAACAACACAUCAAAUGAGACCCUGAAGACCCCGAAGACCCCGAUGACCCCGCUCGAUGUCAGCAGUCCCACCACUCCGCAAGAACAGUUGUCAACCGGUGACCCGGAAGACGACCGGCAUUCACUGCUGCUGAUGCUGCAGGUUCCCCAGACGCGAAGAUACUCCCAGAUCCCGCUCAUGGCAGCAAGCGAAAGCUGGUGA